UUGGCAGACGGACGACUGUCGUAUAUAGCCGACAGCAGCUCAUUUCCCUUCUGUACGCUUGUCGUUUCAGAUAUGGCAUACAUAAAUUUUUAAUUUGGCCCACCGACGGCCGUCGUACCGUUCCGACAGUUUGUGUUUGUCACACAGACGGAUGUCGUGGAUAUCCGACAUUGUCGUACAUACGCGGCAACAUGGCAAGGUCAGGUGAUACCCUGAUAGACCACGUGCGUUUAGUACCAGUCUGUUUUAGAACAUGUUUUAGAAUGUCAUCUAAAAAUCACGCGGGUCCGUCGGGUUGUAAUACUUAUUGUGGACUGUCUGGGAAGGAAGUGAAAAAUAUUAUGAAUGCUCUGAACGAUAGUGAUAUAUAUUUGAGUGAGGACGAACCAUUUAUCGACAGUGGCAGCGAAUAUAUCCCUGACUCUGACAGUGAAUUGAGCUCCGGAGAAGACGACGAAACCUUGUUGGAAGACGAAAGUACCGAAGAACAAGAACAUUUAGUAGCUUCGGAUAUCUCUGAUCAAAAUAUACGUGAGGAGGAAUUUCAGCUAAAAUGGGAUUCACGUGAGUUUGUUCCUAAAGUUCACCAGUUUGACGUCACUAAUAGUGGACUACAGAAUAAAAACCUAAAAAAUGAAAACAAGGAAAUAGAGUAUUUCUUGAACCUAUUCUCGGAAGAAGUAGUCAACACUAUUGUUGCAGAAACCAAUAUUUUCGCUCAACAACAAAAUGCUAAAGAUUGGAAAAACGUUGAUAAACAAGAGUUUUACAAUUUCAUAGCCCUCACAUUGUUGAUGCCCCACGUUAAAAAGUCCGAUGUAAAGGACUACUGGUCUACAGAUAAUUUAAUUGGCACGCCCUUUUUCCGCCAAACAAUGUCUCGAGAUCGCUAUUUACAAAUACUAAGGCACUUACAUUUUAGUAAUAAUCAAAAUGCACAGGAAGGUAAUCGUCUGCACAAAAUCGAACACGUUUUGAAUUUGAUACAAAACAAUUUCAAAAGUAAUUUUUAUCCGUUUGAAAAUGUCGUCAUUGAUGAAAGUAUGAUUCUUUUCAAAGGGAGGCUGUCCUUCAAACAGUAUAUAAAAACCAAGAGACACCGUUUCGGAAUAAAAGUUUAUGUCUUAUGCGAUUGUGAAACAGGUUAUGUUUUGGGAUAUUUGGUAUAUACUGGCAAAAAUAAUGUUAAAAAUAGAGAUAAUGACAGCGGUCUAGGAUUGUCAGGUGAUGUUGUUGUGAAACUUUUGGAGCCCUACCUGAACAAAGGCCAUUCAUUUUACAGUGACAACUACUACACAAGUCCUACUUUGGCAAAUUAUCUUUUUCAGCACAAAACAAACUCUUGCGGAACUGUUCGCAUAAAUCGUAAACACAUGCCAAUAUUUGAAAAAAAGCUGAAGAAAGGGGAAACAGAGUGGCGUAGCAGUGAGCAAAUGCUAGUAUUGAAAUGGAGAGAUCGUCGUGACGUGGUAAUGCUGACCACCUUUCACGAAAAUAAAAUGAUUACGCUUAGUAAGGUUGAUAGGGUUACUAAUGAAAAUAAGACCAAACCAUUAUGUGUACUGGCUUACAAUGAAAGGAUGGGGGCAAUUGACAGAAGUGACAUGAUGAUUACCAGUACGGAUUGCACGCGAAAAACCUUAAAAUGGUACAAGAAAUUAUUUCUUCGUACCCUCGAUAUAUGCAUGCUAAAUGCGCAUGCUUUAUAUAAGACCCAGAAUGCCAGUAACAUCUUAUUUCCUGCCUUCCAUUUAGAAGUUAUCCGGCAGCUUCUGGAAAGGUAUUUUUAUUCUUUUAUUUUUGUAAAUUUUUUAUCGUACGCAUUUUUUAGAUAUCCAACCGUGGCCAGACUAUUAGGAAAGCACUUCCCUUCAGAAGUUCCUCGCAAAAAUGGGAAAGCGCAAAUGAGAAGAUGCUGGGUCUGCUCGCAUACAACAAACGGUGCAAAAAAAAGGAAAGAAUCGAGAUUCAUGUGCAAAGAUUGUGAAGUCGGGCUCUGUGUUGCACCAUGUUUCCAAAUAUACCACGAACAGAUCAAAUAUUAGUAGUAGCAGUAGAAACGGGGAAAAAAGACUAGAUCAGAAGAAAAGGCUCACACUUAUUUUUGAUAUUUUGUUCCUAAUAUUUUUAUUAUUUGUUAAUUUUUGUUCUUAUAUUUUUGCUUUACCAAGAGUUUUAGUUAAUUUUGUAUUGUUUGAUUAUUUCUUCAAUAAAAACAACUUUUUCCACAUUGUCGUAUAUAUUCGACAGCCGCCUGUUUGCCACUGCAAAAACUCCCGUCCGUGUGGCACGCAACCUACUUUUGAGUGCCGUCUUGAAAGG